AUGCGACGACUGCUAGCUGUACUUGUUGUCGUGUAUGUUCCAUGGAAAACUCGUCCAAACCGUGUCGUGCGAGAUCUUUCGAUUUACAGGUUGCCGAUGGCCUACGCCGUUGGCAAGACACCCCGAUUUGAUCUCACCCGCUACCAUGACUUCCCCGAGUUCGAGCGGUAUAUCCGCGGAGUGGCAAAGAUGAAUCCGGAUAUUGUGUCGUUACGAAUGCUCGGAUAUAGCCACGAAAAUCGUCCAUUGUUGGGAUUGAAGGUAAACAUCGCAAAAAUUCGCGGAAGUCCCUUCGCAUAA